AUGAAGUAUCUUGAGUCAUGUGUGAAGACAAGGUACAUGCUCAGAGGUCAAUUGGCAAAAAUUGCACCGUUGGCAAAUGUCAAUAUCCGAGUCAACAUUCCGACUGAGAAAGGUUCUUCACAUGACGACUAUGUUGUUGACAAAGACUUACCAUGGUUGAAGAUUGUAAUUGUCCACAACCACUUCAUGUUGAACGAAAGUCUUACAAACCCAUUGUUCGGAAAAGGCAAGUGCAACAUUGUCAGAGCUGUAAACAUUCUUUUCGAGAAAGGUUUGUUGGAACCAAUUCCAGAUGACAAGCUGACAGAAAGUUUUGUACCAAAAGACGAAACAAACUUUUCACUGUUAGCAAGACCAAAAGUUGUUCCAGACAAAGUUCUAGUACAAAAGAAGUACACAGUUCCAAAAGGAGUUGGAUUGUUCGGAUACCAACCUGAACCAGAAGAACUUCCAAUGAGGUUGCAAGAACUUCAAGAUGCUAUAAACAAACUUCCAUUGAGGCAUCCAAUCGACGUCAAAUUGUAUUGGAGAGCAUCUGAGUUAGGUCAGAAGGUUUUAUAUGAAACAGGUUGCUUCGACGAUGUUUAUGAGAUAACAGGAGAAGUUUCUCAGAAGAUAAGAGACUCACUUGAAUUUCCACGAACUGGUCCGAUUGGAUGCGACAAGUUCGACUCAGAUGAAAAGAUAUACUAUGUCGACCUUAACGCUGCGUACAUGAGGUUCGUCCAAUAUAUCCCGACUGGAAUUCCAAACGAAGAUGGUGAGUUCUCGGGAAGGAACUAUACAGUUGGAAAAGUCAUACAACAACUGUAUGAUAUUAGGAAAGCUUCAAACCCCAAACUUGCAAUGACACUCAAAUUGCUUAUGAAUUCGACAUGGGGAUAUUCCAUUAAGAAACCUCAAGAGAUGAAGAGUAAACAUUAUGAGAAGGUCGACAACUUUGUUGAAAG